CCUGCUUCCGGCCGCGGCUCAUUUCUCCCGCCUCCGCCUCCGCCGCGGCUCGUGGUCUUCCCGCCAUGGCACUGUCGCGGGGGCUGCCCCGGGAGCUGGCCGAGGCCGUGGCCGGCGGCCGGGUCCUGGUGGUGGGCGCGGGAGGCAUCGGCUGCGAGCUCCUUAAAAACCUUGUGCUCACCGGCUUCUCACACAUCGACCUGAUUGAUCUGGAUACUAUUGAUGUCAGCAACCUCAACAGACAGUUUUUGUUUCAAAAGAAACAUGUUGGAAGAUCAAAGGCUCAGGUUGCCAAAGAAAGUGUACUGCAGUUUUACCCGAAAGCUAAUAUCAUAGCCUACCAUGACAGCAUCAUGAACCCUGACUAUAAUGUGGAAUUUUGACAAUUUAUAUUGGUUAUGAAUGCUUUAGAUAACAGAGCUGCCCGCAACCAUGUUAAUAGAAUGUGUCUAGCAGCUGAUGUCCCUCUUAUUGAGAGUGGAACUGCUGGUUAUCUUGGGCAAGUAACCACUAUCAAAAAGGGUGUGACUGAGUGUUACGAAUGUCAUCCCAAACCAACCCAGAGAACUUUUCCCGGCUGUACAAUUCGUAACACACCUUCAGAACCUAUUCAUUGCAUCGUUUGGGCGAAAUAUUUGUUCAACCAGUUGUUUGGGGAAGAAGAUGCUGAUCAAGAAGUAUCUCCUGACAGAGCUGACCCUGAAGCUUCCUGGGAACCGAUGGAAGCUGAAGCCAGAGCCAGAGCAUCUAAUGAAGAUGGUGACAUUAAACGUAUUUCCACUAAGGAAUGGGCUAAAUCAACUGGAUAUGAUCCAGUUAAACUUUUUACCAAGUCCUUUGAUGUGACUGUGUAUCAGACUGAUCUGAGGAGCUUUGCGGUGGCGGUGGGUGCUUUUAAAGAUGAUAUCAGGUAUCUGUUGACAAUGGACAAACUAUGGAGGAAAAGGAAACCUCCGGUUCCUUUGGACUGGGCUGAAGUGCAAAGUCAAGGAGAAGAAACCAAUGCAUCAGAUCAACAAAACGAACCCCAGUUAGGUCUGAAAGACCAGCAGGUUCUAGAUGUAAAGAGCUAUGCACGUCUUUUUUCAAAGAGCAUUGAGACUUUGAGAGUUCAUUUAGCAGAAAAGGGGGAUGGAGCUGAGCUCAUAUGGGACAAGGAUGAUCCUUCUGCAAUGGAUUUUGUCACCUCUGCUGCAAAUCUCAGGAUGCAUAUUUUCAGUAUGAAUAUGAAGAGCAGAUUUGAUAUCAAAUCAAUGGCAGGGAACAUUAUUCCUGCUAUCGCUACUACUAAUGCAGUGAUUGCUGGGUUGAUAGUAUUGGAAGGAUUGAAGAUUUUAUCAGGAAAAAUAGACCAGUGUAGAACAAUUUUUUUGAAUAAACAACCAAACCCAAAAAAGAAGCUCCUUGUGCCUUGUGCACUGGAUCCUCCCAAUCCCAACUGUUACGUAUGUGCCAGCAAGCCAGAGGUGACCGUGCGGCUGAACGUCCACAAAGUGACCGUUCUCACGUUGCAGGAUAAGAUAGUGAAGGAAAAGUUUGCUAUGGUAGCACCAGAUGUCCAAAUUGAAGAUGGAAAAGGAACAAUCCUUAUAUCUUCAGAAGAGGGAGAGACAGAAGCUAAUAAUCACAAGAAGUUAGCAGAAUUUGGAAUUAGAAAUGGGAGCCGACUUCAAGCAGAUGACUUCCUUCAGGACUACACUUUAUUGAUCAACAUCCUUCAUAGCGAAGACCUAGGAAAGGAUGUUGAAUUUGAAGUUGUUGGUGAUGCCCCAGAAAAAGUGGGGCCCAAACAAACUGAAGAUGCUGCCAAAAGCAUAACCAAUGGCAGUGAUGACGGAGCUCAGCCUUCCACAUCCACAGCACAAGAGCAAGAUGAUGUGCUCAUAGUUGAUUCAGAUGAAGAAGGUCCCUCAAAUAAUGCUGACAUCAGUGAAGAAGAAAGAAGUCGCAAGAGGAAAUUAGAGGAGAAAGAGAACGUCAGUGCAAAAAGGUCACGCAUAGAACAGACAGAAGAACUCGACGACGUUAUAGCAUUAGAUUGAACAGAAAUGCCUCUGAACAGAACCCUUGUCCGAAUUAGGCCUUCUGGGCAGAACCAGGUUCAUUGUUAUGUCCUUUGUUCCAAAGGGAAAAAUUUGACACCAGUGACUUAAAGAUGAUUCUGCUCCCUUUGAAAGCAUUCAUUUUGCUAGAACUAUUAGAAACAUUGCAGUAUGCUGUAUUGAAAGUAGGAAUAUAGUUUUAAAACCCUUUGAACAAAGUGUGUGCAUAACCAGUCAUGAGAUGAAACAACACAGUGCAUGUUGCCUUUUUAAUGUAAAUACCUUUAGGUAUCAUUUAACAGUUUUAAAAUAUUGUGGUUUAGUAAAGUUGAUACCUGGUUAUAAAUAUUAUGCCUUUAUUUUUGGUUAGAAGAAGAAUUAUUUUUAGCCUAGAUCUAACCAUUUUCAUACUCUUAACUGACUGAAACAAAUUCAAAGAAGUAUUAAGUGCUAUGCAUUGAAACUUGUUUUUAAAUGUUAACUUGGCACUAUGUAUAUUAAUGUAAAACAAUUGUUAAUUUACUCAAGUUUUCAGCUUGUACUGCCUGGUAUGUCUGUAAGAAGCCAAUUUUGUGUAUUGUUACAGUUUCAGGUUAUUUAUAUUUGAUGUUUUGUAAAACUCAAAUACGAUUAUACUGUACUCCUGGACCAAAUAAAUGGCAUCUGCAUACUUGUUAUA